AUGUCGUCUUUGAACUGUUUCCACAGUUACUGUGGGUUGUUGGUGACUGUACGUUGGUCUUAUAUUUGUAUCAUUUUGUUUUCUAAUUUGAGUCCCAUGGAGUUGAUUAUGUCUAUUAGUUUCUUGUUGUGCAUGAGGUGCAAAGGCCAUGUCCACCUUUUUUUACCUAUGUGUGGGGCGUCACUGGGGGCAAAGCGCACGGUUACCAUGUCAUGGUUAGUUGGUACGUUUGUUGGUCCCAAUUCCCAGUGGAACAGACUUUGUUUGUGCAUAGCUUUUGUGUAUAUUCUGUUGAGUCUUGACAUGGUUCCGGCAUGUGUUCUGAACGUGAACAGGCACUCCAUUGGGAAGGUGUGUUGCCACAUGUCUUGUAGGCCAUAG